GUUGUCCUGGGGCCAAGAAGAAUGAGUUCCUGACCAGUGUUUUGGAUGCAUUGUCCACGGAUAUGGUGCACGCUGUCUCUGAUCCAUCAUUGUCUUCUAGCCGGGUUUCCGAGCCUGAUCCAAAUCAUACUCUGGAAGAGAGAGUGGUCCAUUGGUAUUUCAAACAGCUAGAUAAAAAUUCCAGUGGUGACAUUGGCAAGAAAGAGAUCAAGCCAUUUAAGAGAUUCCUAAGAAAGAAAUCAAAACCCAAAAAAUGUGUCAAGAAGUUUGUGGAAUACUGUGAUGUGAACAAUGAUAAGUCCUUGUCAGUUCAAGAAUUAAUGGGCUGCUUGGGAGUAACAAAAGAAGAAGGUAAAGCAGAAACAAAGAAACGCCAUACGGCCCCUAAAACCAACACUGAGAGCACUUCAUCCAGCAGGCAGCAAGUUUCUAAGAAGCAAGGUUGAACAGCUUACUGAUCCAAGGCAGAUCUCUUUGACAUGUGGGAGAUUUCCUCACCAAAAGGCAAUAAAAGCAACUGUAGUAUUUGCACUUUGUACUUAAAAAUGUAAAUUCACUUUGUAGAAAUGAAAUAUUUAAACAGACUUUUUUUUUUAAUCUGUGAAAAUGUAAUGGCUAGUUUUGAAAAAUUAUCACAUACAAUGUAUGUGUAUCCUUUUGUUGUCUGAAAUAUGUAAAAC